AUGCUCGAUGAGGAGUUUGGGAUUCUCGAGGAGCAAGCCGCAGCGGACUCGAAUACCUACACGUUGGGCCGAAUCGACAAGCUUUACGUCGUGAUCGCCUGCCUUCCUGGAGGCCACCACGGAACCACCGCUGCUACCACGGUCGCAAACAACAUGUUUCACACCUUCUCCAAGUCACUUCGAAUCGGACUGAUUGUCGGUAUUGGGGGCGGAAUUCCUUCAGCUGCUCACGAUAUCCGCCUCGGCGAUGUUGUGAUUAGCUACCCCCAAGGCACUUGCGGUGGGGUAAUUCAAUAUGAUAUGGGCAAGAUUAUCGCAGAUGGCCAAUUCGAACGAACUGGCACGUUGGACAGUCCGCCGAGGGCACUACUAACCGCUGUUAGCACCAUGAGAGCUGCCGCGCUGAGGGAUGACCCCCGCUACCCGAACUAUCUCCAAAACUCCAUCGGAAGAAUCGCUCGAACUCGAAAGAAUUUUGGCCAACCUACUACGCAGUCUGAUCGGCUCUUCCAGGCGGGAUAUGAUCAUCCUGCUGGUGCAAGCAGCUGUGAUAGAUGUCAAGCAGAGUGGGAAGAGACCAGAGCUGAACGCGAGGACAAUGAUCCACAGCCCCAUUACGGUGUCAUUGCUUCUGAGAGCAACUUCGCUUGGAGACUUGAGGCAUUGUGCUUUGAGAUGGAGGCGGCCGGUCUGAUGUUGGACUUUCCCUGCAUUGUCAUCCGCGGAGUUUGUGACUAUGCCGACUCCCACAAGAACAAGGAAUGGCAUGGGUAUGCUGCCCUAGCAGCCGCAGCAUAUACAAAGGAGCUGUUAGGCUAUGUCCCUGUUGGCCAUGUUUCACAAGAGAGCUUGAUUAAGGAUGGAUCAUUUAUAAAGCUCUCUGCAGACGGGUUGAAGGUCGAAAUUGAAGGCACAAAUCAACGCCUAGACCAAGCAUACAGUCAACAAGAACAACAUCAUCGCGAGAAUGUCGCGUUUGCUUUAACGGAUCAGCAACACCGCUGUCUCCAAACAUUCAAAAUAUCAACUUAUGAGGAGCAAAAAAACAUCAAUCCGAGAAAAGUGGAGGGAACCUGCCUAUGGGCUCCACAGAGCCCUGAGUAUAUCCCUUGGUCGAGUAGCAGCUGCAACGAUCUUCUCUGGGUGCCGGCCGACCCAGGCUGUGGGAAGUCUGUACUUUCCCGAUCGAUAAUCGAAGACUUCUGCGAAAUUUCUAGCCCUGAAGUGACAGUCUGUUACUUUUUCUUCAAAGAUAACGAUGAACAGAAUCAACUUGCUUCAGAACUUUGCUCGGUACUCCAUCAGCUUUUCAGCCAGCGGCCUCAGCUCUUGUGUCAUGCCUUACCACCUCGGGGGAACAAUGGGGAGAAGCUUCGGCAAGAGGUUGACGAACUGUGGAGAAUUUUUACAACCGCCGUAUUAUCUGAUAAUUAUUGUAAGACAGUCUGCAUAUUCGAUGCGCUUGAUGAAUGCCGCGGAAUUGAUCAAAAUCGACUAAUUCAGAAACUAUGGUCUUUUCACCGUCUGUCACGUCCGCUGACACAAGAUACUUGGUUGAGAUUCCUGGUCACUAGUCGCCCCUAUGAUGAUAUCCAGAAUAGUUUCCGAGCGAUCACGGACACUUUCCCACAUCUCCAUAUAGAAGGAGAGAAGCAAAAUGACCAGAUCCACCAAGAAAUUGAUCUUGUCGUGAAGAUACGAGUGAAGGAGCUUGCUGGAAGAGUAAAGUUGUCAAGGGACACAGAGCAGCGACUGGAGCAACAGCUUCUGCAGAUGGAGCACCGUACGUAUCUCUGGCUACAUUUAGCCAUGGAUGAUAUUCAAUCUACACUCGAGGACAGCCUUCGCCCGGCUGAGGAGCGAAUCCAGUUGAUACCUCGAUCCAUAGAAGAGGCAUACGAGAAGAUUCUUAGCCGAGUACAAUCCCAUCAAAUGGGCAUUACGAAGAAGAUCUUACAAAUUAUCGUUGCAGCACGGCGCCCUCUAACGACGGCGGAAAUGGCCAUGGCUCUCGGUAUAGCCACUUCCCCACAGGCCCGAACUGCAGCAAAGGCUGGGCUUGAUUCAUCGCAGAUCGAAAAAAAAGCUGCGUCGAUUAUGUGGCCUUUUUGUUUUCGUCAACAACUCCAAGAUUUACUUGAUUCAUCAGACAGCAAGGGAAUUUCUUGUGAAGAAGAGAAGUUCUGA